AUGACUGUUUUCGUAUCGCCCAUGGCCUCCGUCACGCGCUCCAGGCGAGCUGAAGGCCACAUUACAUACCCGAUGCUACAGACGCGGUUCAGCGACAAUAACAACAAUAACAACAACAACAACAAGAAGUUGGUCUUUUCGCAAGCCAUUUCGGUCGCUCCAAAACGCCGUCGCGACGAACAGCUCGAAAAGCCGAUUGAUAUCAACCCCAUCCAAUCGCCCAAGAGAGAGCGACUCACCAUCAAUUUGUCUUCGUCGCCAAACGCAGCCUUCCACCCCAGAACGGUCGCGCUGCCGUCACCAUCUCCCCUUAGCCACCCUCGAACGCGCCCCCGACCGAGCGGAGACGCUGCCACCGCGGCUCACUGCUCACCAUCACCAUCAACAUCAACCCAGAACCUUGCAGGAAAACCCCCAACCCGAGUCCGGCCGCGUCCGCCAUUACCACCGCCGCCACCUUCCCCUUCAGUUCCAUACACCACGGAUACGUCACAACCGCCGCAGGUAACAGCGGUUUCAAACAAUAUAGAGUCUUCUAAGCCGACAGCCAGAGCCCGAAAUGCUGUGUCCCGAGAGUUGGGUAGUCUACACGUCAAGCCAUCGGAAACAAAGGCCACCGAAGGUCGUAAGCUACGCUCACAGGAAAACACACGGCUCAAGAGUGACCUCUCGGCUUAUUUCCCGGACUACGACGAGGUCAUUGGAAACGAUCCGAGACAGGAGAAUCUACUGGAGCCCCAUACCCCUAUAGUAAUAGUCGAUGAUCCAAAGGUGGAACGCGACCGAAAAGAUCACCGCAAAGUUGAAUCCUUCGCUAUCAGGAGCUACAGCGAUGAUCUUUUCGCCAAUCUUGUCGACACCCAGGUGUUCAAUCUUGAUUUCCUACAGAAUCAACUUUCCCUGGAUGAUGAUCACACUGACCCUCUUCCAGACGCCCUUUUCGAGCCAGUACACAAACGUGCAGAACGUGCAGAACGCUCCGUCCGGAAUACGGAAAGGGGUCGCGCUCAGCAUGAGAAAGAGCAGAUAAUACGUCUGUUGGAUGGGCUUCAGGGCCACGACUGGCUGAGGGUCAUGGGUGUUAGCGGAAUUACCGAGACUAAAAAGAGAGAGUUCGAGGAACCACGACAGCAUUUUAUUCGUGGAUGCGAGGCUAUCUUGGAUAAGUUCCGACAAUGGGGCGUCGAGGAAAAGCGGCGAAAAUUGGCAAAGGAGCGGGCAGUCGCUCAGGCAGCACGGGCAGAGAGCGAGGAGUCCGCGUCCGAGGAAGAUGCGGACAAUGAGGAUGUGGGAGAAGAACAAGAAGAAGAAGGGGAGGAGGAGGAGGACGACGACGACGAUAAUGCCGACGAGGAAAAUAACGAGGAAGUCCCGGACAGCGAGGCUGAAAGCGAUAUAGAAGCUUCUAUUGCCAAACAGCUGAGUGAUGAGGCACAGGCCCGUGCACGCUCUAGAAAACAGCACCAAAGACCACAUGCCCCCAUGGAGUCGCUGGAUUUACUGCCACCUAAGCCUUUUACGUCCUUCUUCGAGAAGAAAUAUCAACGGGACGCAGCCCUUAGCAAGAAUCGCCGGAAGGGACGGACGGUCCUCGCAUGGGGCCAUGUGGUUCCUGAAAUGGGAGAGAUGGACUUUGAGUUACCUGAAGAGUUUUUGGAUGAAGAGACCCUGAGAAGGAAUGCAAGACGGAAGAGGAGGGACAAGAGAGGUGUUCUCAGACGCUGA